GGUUAAUACAUUGAAAUUUAUUAGACAUCACCUCGGUAAAUGUUUUUAGAAAAUUCUAUAACUUUUUAGGACAUUCUGGAACCAUUUGGUAACGUGUUGUUGAAAAUCUUACGCGAUUGUUCAUUUGAAUUAUCCCGGUUGAUGGAACUUUGUGCGAAGUGUAAUGACGUAUUUAGCAAGGUGAGACAAUACAGAAUACAUUUUAUUAAUACAAAAACAAAUAUAUUGCUUACAAGAAUAAAUACUAGUAUUAUCCGCUAAUAGCUAAGGUAAGCUAGUCGAGGCGGAUAAUAAAGCAAAGAAGAAAAAUUGUAAUGAUUAAUUGACACAUACUCAAACCGAUCUGACCGCGUAGCUCAGUUGGCAGAGUAUUAUUGGGCUAGUAUUCCAAAGGUCGUUUCGAUUCCCACCGUGGACAGGCAUAUUUUUCAAGCUUGCCCAAUGUGGAUAUACACUCAGAGUAACCAUCAGAAGCAUCAUAUUCACCUGAGUACACUAUACCAACACAGAAAAAUUCAUGAUUAUUAGAUUACAUUGAUUUCGAAGGAACUAGACUCGGUUCCGAAAUAUCACAUACUCGAACCGACCUGACCGCGUAGCUCAGUUGGCAGAGCAUUGGGCUAGUGUUCCGAAGGUCGUAGGUUCGAUUCCCACCGUGGACAGGCAUAUUUUUCAAGCUUGCCCGGUGUGGAUCUACGCUCAGAGUAACAUCAUAUUCGCCUGAGUACACUACACCAACACAGAAAAAUUCAUGAUUGUUAGAUUACAUUGAUAUCGAAGGAACUAGACUCGGUUCCGAAAUAUCACAUACUUGAACCGACCUGUCCGCGUAGCUCAGUUGGCAGAGCAUUGGGCUAGUGUUCCGAAGGUCGUGUGUUCGAUUCCCACCGGUGUGAUAUACACUCAGAGUAACAUCACAAACACCAUUAUUAUUUAUUAAGAUUAAGAUAUGACUUGAAUAACGAUUAUAAUAUAACGAUCAAGCCAAGAAUAGAAACUAUUAUUUCCCAUAAGACAAAUUCUACUGUUUAGCCAUCAAUUGGACUAACUGUGAUUGGACUAACAUAGUGACAUCAACAUAAUCAUCCUCAAGCCCAAAAAUUGUUAAUAAAGAUUUGCGCAAUACUUUAUUCAAGUUUUUUUAUUCCUAAUUCACGUAGCCUAUAUGCAUUGCAUGGAAGAUAUAUUGUUCUAUAUUUUCACUACAGAUCUUACAAAAGAAGCAAUUAUUUAGUCCUGAAUAUUCAACGUAAAAGUUAUUAGAUGCAUCAUGCCUAGUCUCAUGGAUAUGAAUAUUUCUGGACCGAUAAAAUAAUCGGACACUGUUAAUGGACAAGAGAUGUUAGACGGCGGCGUGAAGAUAUGACUUUUAUCUUGUAGUGGUUGGAACAAUAUUUUACGAACUAGCGCAGCGAGUGAGUAACUGAGUUUUAACACGAGAAGAUAAAAGUCAUAUCAUAUAAUUCAAGCCACCGCGUGUAAUGUUCUGUUUAUUAUAUAGUCUCAAGCAGAAAAUUGUGAAAUUUACGCUCAAAUUAAACACAUUGGAAAAAGUCAUGUGAUUGAUAUCUUCACUAGUGAAGAUAUGGAAAAUAUCUCACUGUGUAUUUUUCAGUAUCUCACUCUCAACCACACAAUAAAUUAAAUUACAAACCAAUUUAUAAUAAAUCAUAUUCAAGGGUAAAACGUUUAAAAUGCCUUUUAAAAUUUAUUAUUAGCCUGUUUAAGUACACCUUUUUUUCAGUCGGAGAAUUGGCUCGCGUAUAUACGUCAACGAAAGCAAUGCGGACAAACGUAGCAAAGUCGCUUCGCGCAAACAAAUUCGCCUAGUGGAAAAUGAGGUUUAAAGCUCUGACUGAAAAUUAAUUAAUUUGGCAUCCUUUGAUAUUGUAGACUUUGUAAUGAGUUCGUUGUCCUUUUUCUUUUGCAGGAGCGGAAUAAGCUGUAUCUUACGAAGUUGAUAUUACAAGAAAUUUUACUUGUUCUAAGAUUCAAAUCAUCAUUGCCUGAGAAAACUAUCAGAUAUUUAAUGCAGGUAUAUUUAUAUUAGAAGAAAAUUACUGCUAUGAUUGUUGCUGUUCUGUUUGUUUUAGUUUGUGGAAACACCACGUAUAUUCAGUUAGCAAAGCUUUCGAUCCGUGGGCCCAGAUCUCCUUAGUCCAAACAGAGUGCAAAUUAGACGAUCCGUGCUUAAUUUAAUCGUGAUUUAAUCGAUUUGUCCGUGGGCAAUUUGUCAAUUAGUCCAACAAUUUUUCUUAUUAAUUAAUUAUUAAUAUGACAAUCUAUACUCUGGCGUCAAAAUGUCGUUUUCAUGACCUUGAUCAGAAAACAUAUGAAGUGUAUUUGUGCAUGGACAUGGUGGGAAUUGAUAUUAUGAACUGUAACUACGUUUUAAUAUUUUUUCCACUGUAGUUUCUCUGUUUCGACGCUGGUACACGUUAUCUGUAUCCUGUUGACGGAGACGAUCUGUAUAUUGAUCUGCCACCAUCAGUAAGCUUUAAUCUUAAAGUGCCAUUAACCUUAAAUACGAUUUAUGUGUAAUAUUUGUGGCAUCCUAUAAGAGGAUGUAAUACAUCAUUGCAAUAAAAACCCCCAUCUUGAGUUUUCGCUGUUGAUAUGAAGUCAUCAGAUGAAUUUUAACAUGCAAAAUAAUUUGCAAUUUAUUUAAUUAAUGACAUGGGGCAACGUCUACCGAGAAAAAAGUCGGUAAAGAUGUGGUUUUCCAAUAAAGAUUUCUUGUAUUUCUUCUUGGAAUGAUCCAAAUAUUGCACGUUAAGGACUUAAGAGGAAUAAGAUUAAUAUCACUUUCCAAGCAUUAGUAUAACUACCAACUUUCCAUAUAUUUUAAUCAGAUGCCUGCAUGCUCACAGUCAGUAAUAUAUCACUAUAUAAUGAAUAGCGACGGCAUAUUGUAAUAACUGUCUUAAGGCUGUUUUUCAUUCAUCGCAAAAACAGUUCACAGCGAGCUUGCGAGUCCUCGCAAGCUCGCAGGUCAAUUUCCACACUUCAUCAUCUCGCGUGACUAAAUUUACGUUUUUGCAAAAUGGCGGCCGCUUUAAAUCGGCGCCUUUUGCUUUUACUUUAUUUAAGACGACGUAUGAAAAGACGUCUCAAGUAUGCAAAACGUUAAAAUGAUAAAUAAAUAUGAUAAAUGUAAUAUUUAAAUUAUGUUGUCAACGAACUCCAUUGGCUACUGGUCUUCAUUGUUCGUGCGAUCAGAAAGUAGGCCUAUUGGUCAAAUUAUUUAACUUCGCUGUGAGUGUUCGCAAUCUCGUUGCGAGUUACUCGCUAGUAUACUCGCAAGCUCGCUGCGAGCUGUUUUUGCGAUGAAUGGAAAAGAGCCUUUAGCCUUGUGAUAUUUCCUAGAUUAUUGAAAGUUUCACAAAGUGUUGUACCACUUGUACGUGAAUAACAUUUUGGUAUAUAAGAACAAAUAACUGUUCAGAAUAGUAUAACAGCGAACAGAUUUAUAUUUUUCAAAAAUAUGCAAAGUUAGCGACAUAUUAGAUUAAAGGGUCACUUUAAAUUAAAAUCUAUUGCUUUGUAAUAGGCUCGAACCCAUGCCAUGGAUAAUUUUCAACAUCACAUCACUGAAGCUCUGGAUUUUAUUAAAGACUGGAAUUUUACUAGAAAGAAGAAAACGGUAAUUCUAUAUGUCUGUCUGUCUCUUGACAAAACCUUUUAAAACCUUGUCUUAUAGAUUCUAUAUGUCCAUAAUCACAUAUCAUACUAUCUUUGCCAUUCCCUUUCUAUGCCAAAAUAAACUUGUGUUGUCCUCAAAAAUUUUGUAUUGCUAUUUUAGGAUAGUCACAGUUGGGAAGAACCCGACCUUUUAGGGAUGGGAUGUUUGGGAGUUCAUCUCAAGGCGACUGUCGCUCAACUAUGGGCGAUUGAAUUAACUAAACCUUCGAAAGUAAAUAAAAUGUACAACAAAACUUUAUCCUGGUUGAAGACACCUCCAGCUGCAACACAACUUAGGUAAGCAAACUU